CCCCCGCCCCAUCCUCGAGUGGCUCCGGCCUCAGGCCCCGCCUCAUUCGGGACUGUCCUGUGCCAGGGAGGGACGGUCCGCUUGCCCCCGGCCAUGGCCUUGCCGGAGCUCCGUGCCCACCGGGCCCUGCUCUGCUGCUGCCUCUGCUGCUGUUGGCUCCUGCUCCCGGGGGUCCGGCCCUCUGCGGCAGAGAGCUGUGCGCGCCUGGAGUCCUGUAUGCGGUGCGUCCAGGGAGAAUCCGCCCGCAACAUCACGGCCUGCGUGUGGGAGAGCUGUGGGGGUCCUGGGGCAGAGCUGAGCCGCUGUGUCGUCCGGGGCGAAGCCGCCGUCAAGGAGGGUUGUUCCGUCUAUAACGCCACCGCCAUGUGCCGAGCACUGCACUUCCCCACCCAGGAACCCAGGAUCCUCACAACAGGUGUCCCCGGGAGCCCCUCGCCGCCCCCAGGCUCCCGACUGCCCGGCUUCGACGCCGCCAGCUUCAUCGGGGGCAUCGUGUUGGUGCUCAGCCUCCAGGCCGUCACCUUCUUCCUGCUCAAGUUCCUCAAGUCCAAGGACAGUAGCUACCAGACGCUGAUCUGAUGCUAGCAGGUGGACGAUGGAGGAGGAGGAGGUGGAGAAGGAGGUGGAGGUGGCAGCGGCUGGCACCACUGUCAUUCUGGACCCUCUUGGUGGGCCGGGGCCGGGUCCCCGAGCCCCCACCAGAGGGCUGAUGGGCUCGAGUUGGUCCUCAGAGAGGGUGGGGACUUUCUUGUGCCCGGCCCCUCCCCUCCCCGCUUCCCUCCACCAACUCUACCCUCCCCCCAGCUGCUUGCCAGGGACUCAGUUCUCUUGCCCAGCACUGACCCAGGGCAGAGGGGGCACACCAGGAAGCCGACUGGUCCUCCCCACUGCAAUAAAGGGACUCUGACUUCA